AUGAGCGACCCAUUCAACCCUCCAUCCCUCGACUCGGACGACACUAUCUACAGUGCAGACAGCAUCGAGUUCUGUCCGUUUCAAAGUCACUCGCACCUCUUUGCCUGCGGUACCUAUCAGCUCGCCAAAGACGAAUCCGAGGACGAGCCCGCACCAGCAACGCCUGAGCCAACAGCAACUAACUCUGACACUGACAGUAGCGAUGAUGAUGAGCCCGCCAAAGUAGACAAACCUAUGCUGCGUCUUGGAAGACUCUUGGUCUAUGCCGUCGAAGAUGAGAGCGACGAGACCUAUAAACUAAACAACUUGAAACGCAUCGAAACAGCCGCCAUUCUUGACAUGAAAUGGUCACAUCAAUUGAUCCAUGGAAACCCCACAUUGGGCGUAGCAGAUGCCUCGGGAGACCUCAGUCUCUAUCAGUUCAAGUCGACCGGCAACGACCUCGAAAUUGUAACAAAAUACCAAACAAACCAGUCCAGCAAACUUGCUCUAUCUCUGGAUUGGUCCAACCGUGUUCAAACUAGUGAACAGCCUCAGAUCGCAGUGUCUCUAAGCAGUGGCGAUAUUACAAUUCUGGAUCUCGACCCUACUUCAUCCACCCUGACGGAGUCCCUGACAUGGCACGCCCACGACUUUGAGGCAUGGAUUGUCGGCUGGAACUACCAUAACACCAACAUUCUCUACACCGGAGCAGACGACUGCCGACUCAAAGGCUGGGACAAGCGCAUGGACUGCAGCCAUGCUACCUUCACCAGCAAAGCCUAUGACGAGAACGUGCUCAUUUGGGACAGCCGGUCGAUGCGACAGCCAUUGUCAACGACAGAGACGGGAGGAGGAGUGUGGCGCUUAAAGUGGCAUCCAACUCGGAAAGAUGUCCUGCUAGCCGGAUGUAUGCACAAUGGAUUCCAUGUGAUCAAUUACGACGAGGGCUGGUCAACAGGCUCUAUUGGGUCGAGCUUUAUGGAGCACGCGAGUCUUGCCUAUGGUACCGACUGGUCGUAUGCCCCGACCAAAGGCGAUGAGCUCCCUCUUGUCGCGAGCUGUUCCUUUUACGACCACCUCCUUCAUAUGUGGUAA